GCCAUGGAGUCAUCAGAUGCUCACUGGUUGACAGCAGAGGAGAGGAAACAAGUCAUUCUUGAUCUUAAAGCAGCAGGAUGGUCGGAAUUAAGUGAGAGAGAUGCCAUCUAUAAAGAAUUCUCCUUCAAAAAUUUUAAUCAGGCAUUUGGCUUUAUGUCCCGAGUUGCCCUGCAAGCAGAGAAGAUGAAUCAUCACCCAGAAUGGUUCAAUGUGUACAACAAGGUCCAGAUCACUCUCACCUCACAUGACUGUGGUGGACUGACCAAAAGAGAUGUGAAACUGGCCAAGUUCAUUGAAAAAGCAGCUGCUUCUAUGUGAUUUCUUCCAAAAUGCGUGUAAAGUCUUAUAUAAAUCUUAGUUGCAAUGUAUUUUGAAGGCAGUUUGCAUGAAUAAAUUAAGUUAUUCUUAAAGGCAUCAUAUCCCGAGGCAGAAAUAAAAGAACAAAUUAAGUUGUAAAUUUAGCUUACCUUUAAAUACUACAUUUUGUAAAAUCAGUGCUUAAAUACAAAAUGAUUUAAACUUGA